UAAUGCUAUCUCACCCAUUAACUAAGCACUUUGCUUUUCGAUAUUCAGUCGUCCUUUUAGUUCGUUUCCUCCCAACUUUGUCAAGUUACGACAAAGCUACAUUGACAUCGCGUUAUUAUUUUUCAUUUGCCGUGUCAGGUUUCGUAGCCCUUAUACAAAAUGGCAUCUUCUUUAAGCUUUCCUUCUUGCAGAUCUGUCGAUGACUAUCUCCGACCCAGAAUCGGCAAUUAGCCUAUAACGCUAUAUAUCGACACUUAUUAAAACAGUUAAGCAACAGAUAAAAACCAGCCACAUGAUAUGGCGUAGCUUGGAGAGGGAGAAGUGAUGCACCAACGAGUUUGACACUAAGAAAACGUUCAAGUGCCAUACUGUAGACCAAGGAUUUACCAUUAGAACGAUAAGAGGAUGAUGUUCUCUCCCAAGCAGAUACAUUGAUUUUUGUAUGUCUCACGACGAAUUCAGAAACGGACACAUUCCUGUCAACUAGGAGAAUGCCUCGUGUUUUCCUCAGACGGGGUAACACCCCUGCUGUGCAAUGCCCUUAUACAAUGUAUCCUGAAGAUGCAUCCGCAGAAGAUACGCGAGGUUCGAUAACUUACAAGGAAGGACAGUACCUUACUAACAAUGUUGAAGCUGCAUUUCAAGAUGUGGGCGACGGCCCUAUUGACCUGUCAAUGUCAGGAUCAGGGAAAGCAUGGCUAUCAUACCAAGGGUCUUCGCCAGGUAAUGCCCAGGGGAUGAGCGACCAUCUUACCCUCCAUGAGCAUCCUGGCUGGAGCACUAACGUGGUCAACGACGGAGGAGGGAUCAAUAACAAUUCCCACUCGGAUAUAUUUGCACCACCGUCAAAAGCGAAAAAGUACCCGGCCAUUCCAGACAACUAUAAACUCUACAACGGCGGUAUCAAUCAAGUACGUCGUUCAGAUUUGAUGCAAAAGUCUGUUCCAAAUUACUACACUCAGAGAUUCUCUAUUGACAAUAGAAUGCAUCAAUCAGGCGAUACUGUAACACAAGGUUGCUCAUCAGACGAAUCAAUGAAGUCUCUUCUAUUGCCUGAGAGGGCCAAUAAUAGUUUACCCUCUUUGGAAGAUAUCAUUCGGGUAGUUCAAGAUAAAACCGGGAGACAACCAGGCCGAUCAUAUUGUAUGUCACUGCUGAAGUCAUACUAUCUUGACGCUGUAUGGAAACGUGAUUUUGUAAGGGAUCUACUGCGCGAACUUCAUACCUCAUGCUUUCAAGAACCAGACUUUACACAUUCAACCUUCCGCUCCAGUCGAGAUAACCGAUACCGUGGACACAUUAAUGCACACCGAUCUAGAGAAAGCAUAAUGGAUGAUUUCCCAGCGCCAUAUGCACCAAUGGAAACAGAGCCAAAUAGUACUUUCGACGCAAUGCUAGAAGAUUCGCAUGAUACCUUCCUUGAGGAAACCUUUACAAAAGCAUAUGGCCCAGAGCGUCGGAUUAAUUCAAAUUACAAUUCAGCAACUUCUUACGGAAAUGGAGAUGCCAUUCGAAAUAAUCUCUACUCCGAACCUGUAGCUAAUACACGUCAAUAUUUAUCAAACGUUUGCCAGUCUUCGAGGAAAGUUUCGGGUCAGCCGUCUCAGGAGAUGAAUGGAACGAUUCCACAACCAAUGUCAAUAGAACCAAGAUGGACAAGUGUCUACGUCCCGAUCUAG